UUGUUUUGCCUUUUCGUUGCUUUAAUGGUGAAUACUCUAGAUGUGUUUUUGUUCAUUUUUUUUUUGAAUAAUGAAAUUACCAUGUAUUUCCAAGUUCUUUAGUUGGUGUUUGUUUUGUACCACAUUGUUGUCGAAAUAAAGUUGUGUGUGGGGAGGGAGGGGCAAAAAACAAAAAAAGCCCUGCCCAAGAUGGCGGAGGCGGAAGCUAGCAAAUGUCUGCUCGCGCUGCUCAAUGGCGUCGCUCAGCAACUUUACUUCGACAAGACUGAGGUGACGCAGGACUUCUUACACGGCCAGCUCUUCCCCGACAUGGCCCGGGACCACUUUGACGCCUUCUACCACAAAAUGACAGCACUUUUAAAGUCCAUCGCCACAGCCGACAUGGACCACGCCCAGCUGGAGGCCUUCCUCACCGCCCAGACCAGGAAGCAGGGGGCGGGCGGUGUUGACCUUGAGCAGGCCGCCGCCCUCUCUCGCUUCUGGAAGAGCCAGCGUGUCCGCGUGAGGGAGAGUCUGCUGUCCCACAGCCGCUGGGAGCCCGGACUCAGGGGUCUGUCCUGGAGGGUAGACCUCCAGACGGCGGCCGGCAGAGGCCCCGUGGCCCUGAUGGAGAUGGAGCUGGGCGGCGGCGGCCAGGACUCACGGUUUGUGUGUGUGGAGAUGGACGAGGACCAGGUCCACCAGGUGCUCAAGAAGAUGGCCGACGUCCAGGCCAGCAUCGACGCCAUCCUUCAGCGCACCUGACUCAACUGUUUAGCACACCUGUUUACCUGUAGACUCACCUGUUUCCACCUGACUCACCUGUUUACCUAUAGACUCACCUGUUUACCUGUAGUCUCACCUGUUUCCACCUGACUCACCUGUUUACCUGUAGUCUCACCUGUUUCCACCUGACUCACCUGUUUACCUGUAGACUCACCUGUUUCCACCUGACUCACCUGUUUACCUGUAGACUCACCUGUUUCCACCUGACUCACCUGUUUACCUGUAGACUCACCUGUUUCCACCUGACUCACCUGUUUACCUGUAGUCUCACCUGUUUCCACCUGACUCACCUGUUUACCUGUAGUCUCACCUGACUCACCUGUUUACCUGUAGACUCACCUGUUUCCACCUGACUCACCUGUUUACCUAUGGACUCACCUGUUUCCACCUGACUCACCUGUUUACCUGUAGACUCACCUGUUUCCACCUGACUCACCUGUUUACCCGUAGACUCACCUGUUUCCACCUGACUCACCUGUUUACCUGUAGUCUCACCUGUUUCCACCUGACUCACCUGUAGUCUCACCUGUUUACCUGUAGACUCACCUGUUUCCACCUGACUCACCUGUUUACCUAUAGACUCACCUGUUUCCACCUGACUCACCUGUUUACCUGUAGACUCACCUGUUUACCUGUAGACUCACCUGUUUCCACCUGACUCACCUGUUUACCUAUAGACUCACCUGUUUCCACCUGACUCACCUGUUUACCUGUAGACUCACCUGUUUCCACCUGUUUACCUGUAGACUCACCUGUUUCCACCUGACUCACCGGUUUACCUGUAGACUCACCUGUUUCCACCUAACUCACCUGUUUACCUGUAGACUCACCUGUUUCCACCUGACUCACCUGUUUACCUGUAGUCUCACCUGUUUCCAACUGACUCACCUGCUUCCACCUGACUCACCUGUUUACCUGUAGUCUCACCUGUUUUCACCUGACCCACCUGUUUCCACCUGACUCACCUGUAGACUCACCUGUUUACCUGUAGACUCACCUGUUUCCACCUGACUCACCUGUUUACCUAUAGACUCACCUGUUUCCACCUGACUCACCUGUUUACCUGUAGUCUCACCUGUUUUCACCUGACCCACCUGUUUUCACCUGACCCACCUGUUUCCACCUGACUCACCUGUAGACUCACCUGUUUACCUGUAGUCUCACCUGUUUCCACCUGACUCACCUGUUUCCACCUGACUCACCUGUAGACUCACCUGUUUCCACCUGACUCACCUGGCGGGGCCAGUCUCACAAGUGAAGACUCCAGAGACACUGAGGAGCCUCACUGACCUUUCCCCAACCUUGAAGACCUGGACAACCUGAGAUCAAAAACUAUUGAGAGCAGCUCUGUUGUUGUUGUUGUUAUUGUUGUUGUUGUUGUUGUCAUGUGACUUUAAUAAACAUCUACAGCCUU